AUGAAUUUUUUUUUUAUUGAAAUUGAUCAUCUCAAAUAUAGCCUAAGCCCUUUAUAUAUUCAACCUGCCAAAAAGAAAGAUUCGGAAGGUCCAGUUUCGAAAAUUAUUCAAUAUAAAUAUGAAUUUAACCUUGAUUGGUACCUUUUAACCUUCAAAGAUCACAGAAGACAGCCAGAGUGGCAGCAAUAUAGAAAUUUAGAAGGGUGCAAUGAAAUGAUCAGGGAUUUUUGGAUUCGGGAAGAAGCUGGGGCAAAUCCGAUGGUUGGCCCUUUUGGGUCAUCAAAAUUCUUGCGUUCUUCAACUCAAAAUAAUCGACGUAAAGCUAGAAGGUCGAAUUAUUCAAGUCAUAUCAUUUACUUGAGAGAGCCUAAUAGGCCAUCUAUGCAUAAUACUCCAUUAACUCAAAUUCAAGAUCUGGAAAAAGGCCAAAAUAAAUCAUUCCUCGCAACCGUUCUCUUGAAGCCUUAUCCUGGACACUGUUAUGACUUGUAUUCACUAUUUAAAAUUAUCGGGAAAACUCUUUGGAUACGAGAUUCUAUACCGAUAACAUUUGCUAAACAAUUUAUUCAGCCUGUAGACAAUAUUUUUACUAUCGAGGCUGCUUACGAUGAUGAUAUAUCUAAGCUGUAUAUUGAAUGUGCUUUGAUGGAAUGGAGUGAAAAGGCCGGAAUAGUUUGGAUUGAUGAAUCGAUGUCCUCUUUUUAUAUAAUAUUCCCAAAUUCUGAUACUAUUUAUCUAAAUCUUGGAUGUUUGACUCGACCAACUGCUUCGUUUUUCGCCAUCUUUAAAACUUUACCAUCAUUUCAGUCGAUUUUACAACAAAAAAAUCUUAUAUCUCUAGAAUAUAACCAUAUUUUCACAGAUCAACAACUUAUGAUUGAUGGAAUUAUGGAAGCUGAAAAUUUUCUAAAUUUAAUGCGUUAUCAUCAAUUGAUAGAAUGGUUCAAAAAUAAACCAAAAUUUAUGGAAUAUUCGGAAAUAAAUAAUUUAGAAAGAUCGGAAUUUCUAAAUGCUAUAAAGUGUUUAGGAGGGAUUCAUUUAAAUGAAUUCGAUGAUGAUAUUGAAUACGUUUUUAUUCAUAAGGGACAAGGAUUACAACCCAAUUAUAUACCUCAUUUGAUGAAUCUCAAAAAUUUACCGAAUUGUAAAUUUAUAGGUUAUGGGGAUGGUUGUUGGCCUCCUGAUUCGUCCGUAAAUUUAGAAGAGUGGUUUCCGCAUGGUGGAUUCAUAACAAUAACAGCUCAAACAUUUAAUAAACAAGACCAUAUUUUCGAUAGACUUUAUAAACAAUCAACACUCGACGUUUCUUCAACAUGGAAAGUGGUCAUAUGUAAAAAUGUUGAAGAUAAUUUGGCAAAAAAUUUUGAAAAAUUUCGUUGUAGACAGUCACUAAUUUCAUCGCGCAUGAUCCAAUUAAGCCUCAAAGAAGGAUCAAGUAGAUAUUUUGAAACAGACGAACUUUUUUACUCAAAAGAGAAAUUAAAACCUAUGUCAAUUAUAAAAUCCCUAAGUUUUCAUAUGAUAAAAUUGCAUAAUAAGCAUUGGAAAAAAACCCGUCACUUUAUUAUUAUUUGUGAACCUGAAGAAAAAUAUAAUGAUAUUAUUCCUGUUCCAGGGGAGUUGUUUUGUGGUGUCGAAGAAGAUCCAGUGUUAGUCAUCGUCCCAAAUAGGCUAUGGAUUAAUCAACAUGGCCAACAUGCAUAUGAUAAUGUCAUGAAUACUUUCGCAACCGCAAAUCCCCUAAAUCGACGAAACGAUAAAAAUUCGUUGUCGGAUCCGAAUCUGACUAUUCCUACACUAUCAUUGUUAAAACUUAAUGCAAAACAAUAA